AUGAAUUUAGGUUCAAAAGACGGUUCUGUAAAUAAUCCUCGACCGAAAAUUAAUAGUUCUAUAAUGAGCGCUGCUGGUUUAGCUUUUAACCAAGCAAAAAACCAAGACUUUCAUAACAAUACGCUUUUAGCUGAUAAGGUGCCUACAAUUAAUUCUCUUACUUUAGCUGAUUCUUUGAAAGCUUUCAACACUGAAGUUACUGAAUUUUCAAACCAGAGUGAUAAUACUGGUUCUGUUUCUGGUUCUAGCUCAGACGAAACCGAAUCUUCUAAUUCUUCAAUAACUAGAGUUGAACAACGUAAUACCGUUAACAGACCUAAAGCGAGAACCGAUUCAAUUAUGAGUUCAAACGUUAGCAAUGCGACCGGAGGUCAUUCAGAUGACGUUAAUCAACACAAAAACACUGAAAAAGACAAUGCCCCUAAAAAAGCACGCGCAAAAGUUUCCGCAAACAUGAUUAUUACAGACUUUAAUAGUAUUCGAUUACCGCACAAGCAAGGACAAAAUGAUGACUCUACACUUUUUAGUCCUACAAUACAGAAUCAAUUAGAAAAUAAACAUGAUAAUCGUUCUGAAGUUUCUCGUAGUAGUGAUCUAAAUCGAAACAACACUGCGCGGAAACCUAGGGUCAAUGCCACAAUGAUACAUGAAGAAUCUGAGAGUUCCCAUUAUAGACGACAAAAUACAAACUUUGAUGACUCUUCUCGGAAAGUUUUUUUUAACCCUAAUUCCGAUUCUUCUCUCAAUUACGCUCGCUCUGAUGUUUCAUGGGGAAGUGACCCCGGUCAGAGUACAAAUACUAAAAAAUCAAUUUUGAAAUCAAAUGAUGAUAUAAUUCAUCAAUAUAAUCAUGUAAAUUCCCCUUUUAACGCUAAUGAAUGGACCACCUCUUCUCGAUCAUCAAAAGUUAAAGCCAAACCAUUUGUCGAAUUUAAUGAUUCUACUCAUUAUCAAAAUGAUUCGUUUUCACACAAUGUUCAUUAUCAAAUGAAUCCGAGAUAUAACACAAGAUCUCCUCCCAGCACUCCUAAAACCUGGUCCGAUGUUGCAUAUCGCCAGGUAGAAGCUCGAACAGAAUUAUCAAAUAUAAGUGAUCCAGGUCCUCCUGGACAUCUACGUCGCACAUCUGACAACAUAUUGUCACGUGUACCCGACGCAAUUGACGAACAUGGCACAUUUGACCCCAAUUAUCAGCCGAUUAUAAAAUCACGUAGACCUCGAGUCUCCGCGGAUUCGAUUGUGGAUGUGACGAGCAUUCAAUCGAAUCCUCGAAAAGUUGUAACUUAUGCACAAGGAGAAGAUGGAGGCUAUGAAACAGAAGAUAAAAAUAAUUACGAUGAUGAUGAACCUGCUGAUGAAGAUGAGGAAAAUUCUGGUGAAGAACAGGACGAAGAAGAUCAAGAAGAGCUUAACGAACUGAUGUCAUUAUCUUCGGAUCCUAAAAUUCAACGCAAAUUUCUUGAUCUCAGAAUUUCUAAUAAAUCACUCAUGUCUAUAAACGCUACUCUCACCGCCACUGUCGAAAAUCAAUCAAAUAAAAUAGCCAACCUUACUUCAUUUGAAUCAAUUGUUUCUUCACAACAGCAACAGCUUGAUCAUAUGAUUAAAAUUGAAGAAUUGCUGCGUGCUAUGUCUAAUAAAAUUUCUGAGCAAGAAUCAGAUAUUAAGUCACUCAAAUGCCAAAUAGGAGAAGCUUCUGAGGAAAAACAAAAGAAUUCAGUUAAUAAUUCUCAUUUUGAAUGUCAUUUCUUAGCUUACGAUGAUGUUACAGUCCUUUUUACUGUGAUAACGUCCCUCCUUUAUACCAUUUACAUAUUUCCGGUGAUUGUGUUAGCUAAAUCAGCUAAACGGUUGGCUGAAAAAUCUAGAGCAAAAAUUCAGGAAAUAACAGGAUGA